AUGUACGGGCAGACAGGGAGCGGCAAGACGCACACGAUGUUCGGAGAAGUGAAUGGUGGUGCAUGGGCCACGAGCUGCAACUCAGGCAGGCCCUCUGCAGGUGUCACCUUCAACGCAGACACCAACGAGGAGGAUGUCAACGAGAAACCGAAGGAGGAGGACAGUCCUGCGCACGCGCGGCUCACCGAAGAGGAGCACGGAGAGGGGGAGUCUGACGCUUACCAGCGUCAGGGAGCGCAAGCGGAAGAGGAAGACGAAGAGCGACGAGAAGAGCAGAAGCAGCAGCAAGCACCUCAGCAAAACUUGCAGGCGGUUGGCAUGUCUCCCAGGGCAACGCGCCCGAAGCUCAGCAGCUACCAUACCAAGACGGGCCACCCGGCGACUUCAGCGAUAGCAACAACAAGAGGCAUCGCAGCCACGCCACCUCCGCCCACGUCGACAACAUCCUUCUGCCGCACCCGCGCCACCGUCACUCCGCUCGGGGAGCUGAAGCAAAUCAACACGCUUCAAAACGCUACCGGCAGUGACGCCUCGGAGCACUGCUAUGCAACGGUGAACAAGUCGACAACAAUGUGUACCGCCGCCACCGUGUCGGUCUCUUACGCUCCACCGUUGUCGCCAGCGGCUCCAGCAUCGCCGUCUUCUGCGUUCUCCCGCAGUGGCCCGCCGCGGUGUACGGUGAGGAGUGCGGCAGGUGUGCGGUCCGCCUUUACCGGCGACGCCGUCAGCGGCGUCAUUCCGCGUGCGGUGCACGACAUCUUCGACGCCAUCGCCCACGCAGACCCGUCCAAGGAGUUCGACGUGCAGAUGUUCUUUGUAGAGGUGUACAUGGAGCAGAUUCGCGACCUCCUUGUCCCCAACCCGUCCGGCGCGAUGCCUUCAUCGUCGGCUGGUAUCGCUCCAACGCUGCCGCUAGGGCCACGCAAGCUACAGUUGCGCGAGGAUGUUAGCACCAACUCGUUCUACAUCGAUGGAUGUUGCACCCCGCAUGUGUCGUCCGCCAGGGAUGUGCUGCACUUGGUGAAGAGUGGUCUCAAGCAUCGGGCCACCUCAGCCACGGCGAUGAACGAGACGAGCAGUCGCAGCCAUUGCCUGCUGAACCUGACGAUCAAGAGCGUCGACCGCGCGCAGGGGGUGUCGACCGUAGGAAAGUUGUACUUGGUGGACCUCGCUGGUAGCGAGAAGGUCGGGAAAACCAACGCGACAGGGCUGCGCCUGGAGGAGGCAAAGCUGAUCAACAAGUCCCUCUCCACUCUCGGCAUGGUUAUCAUGUCCCUGACAGAUCACAACGCCACGCACACGCCGUACCGCGACAGUGUUCUGACGAAGAUCUUGAAAGACUCUCUCGGUGGCAACUCGCACACGGCCCUCGUGAUCUGCUGCAGCCCAUCCCCUUGCCACGCGCAAGAGACGCUGUCGACGCUGCGCUUCGGUGCUCGCGCCAAGGCUAUCGAGAACAAGGCCGUCGUGAACCGUGACCUCACCGCGGCGCAGCUGCGGCGCAUGUUGGAGACGGCCAAGGAGGAGAUCGAGCGGCUGCACGUGAAGGUGCAGCAACUGAGCAUGGCGAGUGGAGCAGUGGACAGCUGUAAAGGGACGCCGGACUUCCCCGUCGCUGCAUCGCGAAAGCUGUCGAGCGCCGCCACUGCUACAGCGUCUUUAAUGACGAGGGAAGCGGACACAUCCCGCAUCAGUGAACUGCUUGAGGAGCGUGCCACGGAGCAGGCGCGGUUACAGAAUCUCCGCGCUGAGGUGGCGCAGCUGCAUGACAGCCUCAACAGCGCCCAGGACAUCAUCAGCGCUCUGCAGGAGGAGCGCGACGGCUACAUCGACAAGGUGCAGAGUUUUCAGGAGGAAAUAGGCGUCUGGGAGGACGCACACUCCGCGUCCUUGAAGCGCGCGGCAACCCAAGACGCGCUGCUGCAGCAAUGCACGGUUCUCCUCCGUGCCCAGGCAAGCGAGAUCAAAGACCUCAUGCAGUGCAUGGCAGCCUACGGCCACCCCCUUCGGCAGGCCCGGCAGGCCGUCGACCAGUUCCACGCCUACAUGUAUGGGGCAGGCACGAGCCGUGAGCGGCGGCGAACGCUGUGCACCGCGGAAACGUGCCAAGAGUAUACCGUCGCAGCAGCCCCGCAGCCGUCACUUCCGAGGCAUGCGCCAUCGGUGUCGAUCAAUGAAUGCACAUUGGAAGGCCCCAUGUCCCAUCCGCUGACUUCUGUACACGGAGUGGAUGUGAGCGCCGUGGGCAGCGUGACGGAGAGCAGCGGGCGGCACAUCACCGGCAGCAGCAACCUCCCAGACGGGCAAUCACCCAAUCCGCGUCUUCAGCCGGGCGCGGAAGCAGACCCGCCACAGCCGAGCAGAUCGAAGUCUCAGCCGCAACACUGUGUUGCAAGCCAUUACCGUGACAGCCUCAUGUCGGGGUCGAUAAGCGUGUCGACUGGGACGGCAGCGGCGCAACAGUGGGUGUCGCGCGCCGCCUCGGUAGGACAGAAUGACAGCGGUGCGUCGCAGGUCGGCUCCUGUGGCCGGGGUGGAAUGACACCCGGAGCACAUGCGGAGUGUGUUCGUCGCCUCGAGGAGCAGCUCGCCUCGCUUCAUUCUGACCACAGCGCGCUGCUGCAGCAGCACAAAGAGGCACUGGCAGAGUUGCAGUCGAAACAGCGCAUUCUGGACCUCCGCCGCGGCCACCUUGCCACCGUGAAGGAUGAACUGAAGCGGGAGUACAUGAUAAACAAAGAGCUGCGAGAGCGCUUGGAGAAGGGACGGGACAGCCUACGAGGGCCGCUCGAGAUGGCGCGCAAUGAUGCCAACUACUGGCGUCGGCGGUACGAAGAGCUUGUGAGCCGAAAGGAGAUGCCAUGCCCCGCCGAGGGCCAGCGUGGCUCCCUCCGCUUUGUCUUUCCACCACCAGCACAGCACCAGCAGCACGAGGCUGGGUGCAGUGGCGCAAUGGACGCGGAUGCCUUGAACCUCAUGGCUAUCCACGCUUCUGUCGAUCUGGCGCGUGGCGGCGCUAUGAUUGAAAGCAGGAACCGCCCCUCCAUCCCGGAUAUCUCAACCGGCAUCCUGUCGUCGAGGGCGUCCGGUGAGAAUGUGCUGCUGAGCCUCUCCUCGGACACAACACCACUGCGAUCGACUGUGACACGGCUCACCACAGAGCCCGAGGACUGA